CCCGCCAUCAAAUCUAAAAGAAGAAGAAGAUCACGCGCUGGUUUGUGUAGAAUUUAGCUGUCAGUGAUCAAUGGCAGGUCUUGAGUUAUUGUCAGAUCAGGGAUACAGGGUAGAUGGACGAAAAGCUACCGAGCUGCGUAAAGUCCAGGCUCGUAUGAGUGUGUUUGCUCAGGCAGACGGUUCUGCUUAUUUGGAGCAGGGAAACACGAAGGCGCUAGCGGUGGUGUAUGGACCACAUGAGACACGAGGUUCUCGCAGUAAAUCCAUGCACGAUCGUGCAGUCAUUAACUGUCAGUACAGCAUGGCCACAUUCAGCACGGCGGAGAGGAAGAGACGUCCACACGGUGACCGCAAGUCCAGUGAGAUGAGUAUUCACUUAAAGCAAACGUUUGAAGCUGCGGUUCUCACCGAGCUCUACCCACGUUCUCAAAUCGACAUUUACGUAAAGAUUCUGCAGGCGGAUGGUGGAAACUACAGUGCAUGUGUAAAUGCUGCCACUUUGGCUCUGGUGGAUGCUGGCAUUCCCAUGCGCGACUACGUGUGUGCCUGCACUGCCGGCUUUGUGGAAGAGACACCGCUGGCGGAUCUUAGUCAUGUGGAAGAGAGCGGAGGAGGCACUUCGCUGUCAUUGGCCCUGCUGCCCCGCAGUGGAAACAUCGCCCUUCUGCAGAUGGACGCCCGGCUCCACGAGGACCACUUGGACACAUUAAUGGAGGCAGCAAUGACGGCGUGUAAACGUCUUAAUAAAGUCAUAGAUGACGUUGUGAGCCAACAUCUAAAGGAGGUUUCGGUUCUGACAAGUGACUGAGGAUAAAACUGAUGCUCUGGAUUUAACUAGAGUUACCGUAUUCAUUGAAGGAGCAUAUUCAACCACAAACAUGGCUUUACAUCAGUUUGAUGUGGAAGCUCACAUCUGUGUCUAGCAGAGACAUUGUAAAAUCUCUAAAAUAACUUUUUACUUCUUUUCAACAAAAAUGUUCUUGGGUUUAAAAAACAAUUGCAAUAAAAAGCUUUUUGUAUGUUAACAGUUGAUAACAGUUUCCCCUUUGUGAUUUAUAUAUCAAACUAAACAAUCUGGAAACGCACAGUAAACAGACUACUUGACCAAAAAUGGCUUUUAUAUAAAGUUGCAUUUUGCAUUAAAGGGGUCAUAUAACGUUGCUAAAUUAGUUUGUGUAUUUGGUGUAAUGCAAUGCGUUUAUGGUUCAAAAAAUAUUCUUUUUAGGAUUUACCCCGCUUUCCUGAAACACUACGAUUUUUACAAAGCUCAGGCUGCGUCUGAAACCGCCUACAUCCAUACUAUGUAGUAGGUGAAAAGCAGUAAGCGAGGCGAGUAGUAUGUCCGAAUUCAUAGUAUUUCAAAAGCAGUAGGCGGAAAGAUCCCGAAGUGUUCAUUCCCGUGAG